UGUGGCCUGGCUGGAAGGCGGUGUCUGGAGAGCUGCCGGUGGACGGGCUGCUUGUUUUUGUUUUCAGGGAAGCCACAAAGUGUAAAAAACUCUCUGCUACGAUGGGGAAUCGAGACGACGAAUACGACUACUUGUUUAAAGUCGUUCUUAUCGGAGACUCUGGAGUGGGGAAGAGUAACCUGCUGUCCCGUUUCACAAGAAAUGAGUUCAACCUGGAGAGCAAGAGCACUAUUGGCGUGGAGUUUGCCACCCGCAGCAUCCAGGUGGAUGGCAAGACGAUAAAGGCUCAGAUCUGGGACACAGCUGGACAGGAGCGCUACAGAGCCAUCACCUCUGCGUAUUAUCGGGGUGCGGUUGGGGCUCUCCUAGUUUACGACAUUGCCAAGCACCUGACGUACGAGAACGUGGAGCGCUGGCUGAAAGAGCUGAGAGACCACGCCGACAACAACAUCGUCAUCAUGCUGGUGGGAAACAAGAGCGACCUCCGCCACCUCAGAGCCGUGCCCACCGACGAGGCUCGAGCGUUCGCAGAAAAAAACACUCUUUCAUUUAUUGAAACUUCGGCCUUGGACUCCACGAAUGUAGAAGAAGCAUUCAAGAAUAUUCUCACAGAAAUCUACCGCAUCGUAUCUCAGAAACAAAUAUCGGACAGAUCCGGGCACGAUGAUUCUCCAGGCAACAACGUGGUGGACAUCAGCGUCCCUCCUACCAUGGACGGGCAGAAGGGCAACAAACUUCCAUGCUGCCAAAGCCUGUGAAGCUGCUAUGUGGUUUUUCUGCGUGACUUCUUGUCAGUCUUCCUUCUUCUUACCUCUACUUUACUUCUACUGUCAGCACGCCCUUGUCAGUUCAGGAGUCCUUGACAACAAGACUCUUAAAUGACAUUCCUCUCCGCUGUUUUUUUCUCCUCUGAUUUCAGGCAAACUUGUCUAAGAUACAUUACAGCCUCGUGGCAGCUAGGAGACAAGAGAGUGAAGCUGUUCAGAGGCCAGUCUUAAAACUGUAGUGAACCACCAUCUCUUUCAUUCACUAGAUGAUGAUCCCAUUGACCCAUUCCUGGUGAGGGAUCACUCAGCCUGCCUAUCACCACUCCAAGUUUUCUCUGCUCAGCUCUUUUUCCCCUCAGCCUCUGUGGAGACUAACGAUUCACCACAUUAGAGUCUCAGUUUCAUGCGUGUUUGACCGGAUUCUGCCUGUCUCUUGCAAUAUGGCCGUCGAAAAGGAGAUGAGUGGAAGCUCCAUUUGGAGUACUGAUGUGUGGACUGUCAGGAGUCUCUGGCUCCCUCUUUCAUUUUAAUUUGUGUUUUUUCUCUCUCUUUGAGCCCUGUGUCCACUGUGGCAUGAAAUUAGCAGGAGCCAGGCACCACACUGGUUGUGAUUGACUGUUUCAGUAUGGGCAAAUGUGAAGCUAAAUGAUGCAUUUUUAUUUGUGUGUGCGUGUGUGAAUCGUAGUGCACAGACAUACCAAAGGAAACAAAUGCAAUCAAAAUCUGUUUGAGGAUUUCUGCUCAAGAUUGCAGGUGAUUGCUCUCAAAGGCAAACCAGUCCAGGCUUAUUAGCGAGAAGUGUGUAGUGCUCUAGAGGGGAGAUGUUUCAAAUUGUUCUUGUGUGAGUUUAAUUCUUGUGAAAUCAGCCUUUUGUUCUUCUCUUGAUGUGUCUCAGGUCACAAUUCAAGCUGUUUCAGAAAGACCACGUUUGCACUAAUGUCCAAUGAUUUCAAUAGAAUGUAUCACUUUCAAAUUUAUAAACAACACAUCUUUUCCAUACAACACAGUGUUGAUAAAAACAUGAACAGCAGCUUUUCUCGUCCUGGGCUGAUGCACUUCCUGCUGGUGUGGGAAGGAGGUAUCUGGUGAAGAGGAGCCAGGACAUUUCUUUCUGUAUCUGAGAACAUCUGAAUUCACUCCAGAAACUUUUAUGGUUAUUCACUGAGAAAAUGGACCAGAAAAUCAAAGUGUUUAUGUAUGAAAUGCCUUCUCUCGCCCAUCUGGUAGAAACGCUUUCAUGAAUGAUUUAUUCUGCUACGUUACCUCUUUUGUGAUAUUUCAAAAUUCUCGGAAAUGUGUGUGUUAAGUCAGCAAAUACAAACUUGUUUGGCUACUUUUGCAUUACAGAGUAAAUGUCAAAGUAUCAAUAAAACAUGGCGGUAACAGCAGACGGAGUGAUUAUUGGAUGCAUCUUUACUGAACUCACUGCCCACUUUAUUCUCAAUGUAUCACUGCUGUGGUGGUAGGAGUAUUACUGCCACCUCCUGGACAAGCUUCAAACUGGAAAUUGUAAAUAAUCCAAACUUUACAUUGAUGUUCAGAAUGCUUAUUUGUUGAAACAGCUGUGUAAAUACGCGGAGUAUUGGUUUUCUGUUAAGUGUUAAUGUUUAACACUUUUUCAGACUUGGUAGUGCUUUGAUGCAACUCGAAUCAAAGUCGUCUGCUUCCCCAGGUUCCCUGAAACA